AUAACUGUUCUAAAGAGUUGUUCUCGAAAACAUAUAGAGGCAAAAAGAUAUACAGACGUGUUAUACACUUAUACACACUCAACGGAGUCUAAAGAACAUAUGAAAAAAGUGUCUAAACUUUUCUGUUGGACAUUUGAAAUGAAUCCCGUCUUAUUUCUUGCAUUUGUUCUUCUCGCUUGUGUACCUUUCCCUCACUCUGCUACAUACCACAAUACUUCUACAUUAAUCUGCCCAGAAAGUUUCAGUUGUCCAAAUUUGGCCCCAUUCAAGUACCCUUUUUAUAAAGCCGCUGACAGGCAAUGCGGAUUGAUCCAGGUCAACUGUACUUCCGAUGGUGGGAUAAUUCAUCUUGGAAGAGGCUCAUAUGAGAUUCAUGGCAAUUUUGUAUCUGAUUCUUCAGUCUGGGUUGUUAACAAAAUGUUUAAAACACUUGUACAGAAGGAAAGGUGUGAGGCACUUAUGUAUAAUUUCACUUCUCCAACUCCUCUUUUGUAUUCAAUUUCGAUCCUACCCUUCAUCACUCUCUACAAAUGUACAAACAAUUCCACUUAUGAUGCACAAACGGAGGCUUAUUUUCACCAACUUAAUUACAAUAGCUAUAACAAAUGUAAAGAUCACAACUUCUACUAUAAGUAUUCAAUCAGCAACACAUCAAUUCUUAGUGAUCUCCCACCUACAUGUCAAGUUAUACUGCUGCCUGUAGAGACAGGUGGCCAUAAAGUAGUUAACGAACCCAACAUAUUUUCUCUUCUCAGUUCUGUAGUCUCUAUUUCAAUUAAGCUGUCACCUUCCUGCGAUAAGUGUCACAAGGAAGAAGGCCAGUGUCAUACUCCCAAUGGACAGUUUCUAUGUUCCAACGCCAAAAAGGGUGAUGCGCACUGGCAUAACCAUGAUGGACUCAAGUCUACCAACACAAAAAAGGAAGCACCACUCAGAAAACUGAAAUAUAUCCUAGCUGUUUGUGUAGGAUUUGUGACAAUGUUGGUUGUGAUAAUCUUGUGUUUCAUAUGGAAACUCAGAUGGCGAAUAAAGACAAAGAAAUAUGUUAAUGUGGAAAGUUUUCUAGAAAAUCAUGAAUUUCUUGCGAAAAGGUAUACGUAUUUGCAAGUAAAGAGGAUGACAAACUCAUUCGAAAUCAAAUUAGGACAAGGUGGAUUUGGUUCGGUGUAUAAAGGAGCGUUAACUAAUGGAAGUUUAGUGGCCGUGAAGAUCUUAAGCGAAUUGAAAGGUAAUGGUGAAGAUUUCAUAAAUGAAGUUGCAAGUGUUGGUAGAACUUCCCAUGUAAAUAUUGUAAGUCUUGUAGGAUUUUGCUUUGAGGGCCAUCAAAGAGCAUUAAUCUAUGAGUUCAUGCCUAAUGGAUCACUUGAGAAGUUCAUAUAUGACCAAACGUUUUUGAGUAAUAGCCAACUUGGAUGGAAAAAGUUGCAUGAGAUUGCUAUCGGAAUUGCUCGAGGCUUAGAAUACUUGCAUAGUGGUUGCAACACACGGAUCUUGCAUUUUGACAUAAAGCCCCAUAAUAUUCUUUUGGAUCAAGAUUUUUCUCCUAAAAUAUCCGAUUUCGGCCUUGCCAAGCUAUUCCUCGAGAAAAGAAGCAUGAUAUCUAUGUCCCAUAUGAGAGGAACGCCAGGGUAUAUUGCUCCGGAACUCUAUUCUAGGAGUUUUGGGCAGGUAUCGCACAAAUCUGAUGUUUAUAGUUAUGGGAUGAUGAUUUUGGAAAUUGUUGGAGGGAGGAAAAAUAUUGAGGUUGGAGUUGAUCAUACAAGUGAAAUAUACUUCCCGCAUUGGAUAUACAAAAAGGUUGAUUUAGAUGAAGACUUGGAACUACAUAUGAGUACGAGUGAUGAAGAAAAUGAGAUGGUAAGAAAAAUGAUUAUUGUGGGCUUAUGGUGCAUACAAACAAAUCCCUUGAGUCGACCAACUAUUACGAAGGUAUUGGAAAUGUUAGAAGGAGACCUAGAAUCAUUGGAAAUUCCUCCAAAACCUUAUUUAUCUUCUCCAUUAAGGUCGGUCGUUAGUUCCUCAUUUACAGAAUAAGUGCAUACAUGUUCAUUUACAGUAAGUUCAAUAUACAUUUUGUCAUGUAAGUUAAUCUCGACACUAUUGUAUCCUAAAUUUGUAGUCA